CGAUCUGAGAUCUCGACUUCGACUUCGUCUCAGUCUCAGUCUCAGUCGGAGCUGAGCUGCCCGGCCCAAGAGUCCAUAUAAAGGUACCCACUGUCGUUCAGCUCGUCGCAUUAAGUUGUCAAAUAUCGUGAGAAUAGGAAGUGCGUGUCAGUCAGAUUCGGAAACAGUCACAACAAUAUAAUACUAUCAAUAACAACAACUGCAACCACAACAAGUGCAACUGAAAAAUAUUCCAAAUAUAUAAACGAUAAAAAUUCUUCAAGAACCCUGCUAAAAUUCUAUACAGAUUCCGUAGCCAAAUGGGACAUACUCUGUGCAAAAUAAAGUGCAUUUGUCAAGUUUUCAAGUCAGGUGCAUAACUGAUAUUGAUAUUGAUAAUAAUAAUAAUAAUAAUAAAUCUGUCGACAGCAUUUAAAUUUAUGGAAUUUAAAUUGAAAUCAACCACUUCAGCUAAUUGAUCACAAGAUAUCAUCUGCGAACUUGUUAAUCGUUUUAUUUGUAAUAAACUAUAAACAAUAAGCUGCAUAAACAAAGAAAAAAAAAAUAUUAAUAGUUCAAGUAAUUGAUUUUUGUCAUAAAGCCGCUAACCAUAAAUAUCAGUUAAUUGAUUGCCACACGGCUUUAAAUAGCUUAAAAAAAAAAUAACGUAGUUGCAAAAAAAGCCAAAAGUUGCAAGAAGUUGAAAUAUAAUUUGAAAACUACUAAAAAAUGAAACUGUUCGCAAACAAAACGCAGCGCAAUGCAAAUUUAUUACGAUGUGCGGCACUUGGAAUGACGCUAUUGUUCCUUGGCGCGGUCAUCUUUAUGACGGAUCCCGUCCAGCUAAUUGUAGAUUGGCAAAUAAGUCUGAGUCCCAAUUCACUGCUCUACAAACUGUGGCUCUUUCCACCACUCGAGGUCUAUAUCAAGGUUCACAUGUUCAACUACACAAAUGUGGAUGCAUUUAUAGCGGGCAGAGAUGCCAAGAUGAAGAUCGAGGAGGUUGGUCCCUAUGUCUAUCAGGAGGUGCUCUCCAAUCACAACGUAACCCUGAACGAGGCCAACAACACCAUAACCUAUACACCACGUCGUGAAUACGUCUUCGUGAGGGAACGUUCGGUGGGUGAUCCGAAAUUGGAUCGCAUUCGGGCGCCAAAUAUUCCCUAUAUGGGCAUUAGCACCCAGGCAGCAAGUCUCUCCAUGUUCGCAGCUUUGGGAUUGAGUGCUCUGACCAAGCGACUCAAUGCCCAGCCCAUGCUGGAGGUCAGCGUCCACGACUACAUGUGGGGCUACGAGGAUCACCUCGUGCAUUUGGCCUCCAAGUUCGUGCCCAGCUAUAUUGACUUUGCCAGCUUUGGCCUCAUGGAAAAGCUAUUUCGUGAGGGGAAUGAGAGCAACGUGUUCAACAUGCAUCUGCCGGAGCGUAAGGAUUCGCAUGGCGUCAAUCUGCCUGAUUCUCCCCGGGCCUAUUCCCUGCACAGCAUUAACGAUGAGCGGGGAUUUAUGCGCUGGGAUUACGAUGAGGCCACCAAUGGCACUCAGUGCAAUCGUAUUUGGGGCAGUCACGAUGCAACUCUGUUUCCUCGGGACAUGAACGAGAAGGACACUUUCUAUAUCUACCGGCGAACAUUCUGUCGGCGACUGCCGAUGAAGUUUAAUAGAACCUUAACCUUUAAGGGUCAGGAUGCUUUUGAGUACACCAUGGAUCCUAAUGUCUUCGACAGCGACUUGGAUAAUGUGAAUUCCUCGUGUUUCUGCAAGAACAAUCACUGCCUAAAGCGCGGCCUGGGAAGUGUUGCGCCCUGCUACUACAACAUGCCCCUGGCCAUAACUUAUCCACACUUUAUGCAUGCUGAUCCCAGUUUGCUGGAACCUUUCGACGGUCUUAAUCCGGAUGAAUCGCGUUUAGCCUCAGCACUCAUGCUGCAGCCGCAACUGGGUGUUCCUCUGCAUGCUCACGUGCGUUUGCAGGCCAAUCUAGUUGUGGGUAACAUCAAGUUUAAUAGCUUAAUGGAACCCUUUGAAAACAUGGUGCUGCCCUUGCUCUGGGUUGAUCUGACCAUUGACAAUCUUCCAGUCUCACUGCAGAUGCUCGUGCACGGCAUUAAAUAUAUAUUCCCACUGCUACAGGGUAUCAUUACGUUGUGUUUGAUCCUCGCCGGCUUUUAUCAGCUGAGUGCUGCAUUUAUGCUCUGCUUUUGGUCACCGCCAGGCGGAGUUCCGCACAAGUUGGAGCAGGGAGAGAAGAGAGCGAGCAUUCUCAAUGGAUUAACACUGAACGCUUCCUUUCAAAAGAGUCCACACGAUUCUAUGCAACAUGAGGCGCAGAAACUUCUGCCCCUCGAUGCUUCUCACACGCUGAGUGAGGUAUAGAAUACGAAUGGGGAUGCGGAGUGUAGGAUUAUUAUUUGGAACAUUACCUCAAGUGGAUACGAGUACAUAAACAUAUCAUAACUAUGAUAAUAGCCCUCUGUGAUAAUAAAUGUUAAGCCAACCAGGAGAUUUGUUGUAGAUUAUAUUCAACAUAACGAAAACAACUUAGGGAACAUUCUAUGCUUACUUGACAAUCUUAAAUUUAGGUACAAGGUUAAUCUAUUGCAUAAUUACCUUAAGUUAAAGUACAUACAAAUAUGAAUACAAUUACAGCACGAUCAAUCAUGUCAAUCAAA